AUGGCAGUCCUAGCAGCUUGGGGUUCCUGGACGUACGUGCCAAAGACGACAUUCGGCUCCAUUGUCGAGAUUAUUCUCUUCGUCGUCCUCGUUUCGCAACAUGACUCGUCAUCUUCCGUGGAGAAUGGCGAUUACGGCAAUCUCAUCCCCAUCAUUCAAGCCGCCAUUUUUGGGAGUAUUUUGACGAACCUGCUGCUUUGUCUUGGCCUAUGCUUCUUCGUUGGGGGCAUCCGUCAUGCUAGCCAAAAUUUCGCGCUAUUGUUUCCGAGGUCGGUACAGGCCUUCUUCUGGUUGCCGCCUUUGGACUUCACAUCCCCAGUGCCAUUUAUUCGGCCCGUCAAGUCCGAGACCGUGCCGGAACUCCCUGGCCUGCUGGCAAUGCACGAAAAGUUCACCGACGGUACUCUUCAGACCGACGUCCUGCAUAUUAGUCGGGCAACCUCUAUCGCUCUCAUCAUCGCCUUUCUGCUGUAUAUAUGGUACCAGGCCAGUAGUCAGCACACCAUUUUUGACGAAGUAAUAGAAGCAGAUGAGCACCAUGAUGUGGACCGUGAAGCGGACAUGGAGAAGCCCAAGUUCACCAUGACUGAGAUUGCGAUUGCCCUCGUCAUAUCACUCGUGCUUGUGACGCUGCUUCUGAUCUUCUUGGUCCAGGGAAUCGAGCACGCUGUUGUGUAUGCAAUCAUUGCCAUGCUUGCUGGUACUAACCAAACCCCGACGUAG